AUGGCAGCUGGUCUGAAAGAAGGUUCCAGGGAUGUUCUUGGUGACAAGUACCUCAUGCACUUGUGUGUGUUCAACGGUAUCGGUUGUCUCGUAUCGGCUAUGGUCUGGUACUUCUUCGUGUUUCAACUCAUCAUCGACUCGACUUUUUACAAGGACCAGUUCAACCGCUGCUCGGAGAACGACUUGGGUCGCACAUGUUGGCAAAUGGGACUUUGUGUGUAUUUCUUGAUCGCUGGAGGUGUAUUGUAUCCGGUGCUGGCUGUGCUGGUGAUUACGCACGUGACGAACAAGUUCAGACGCUUCCAGCAGCUUCUACGUCGGAUGUACGAGACGACAACAGUGGUGGACGUCCCAGCUCCGGUGGUGGAUAUGAAGUCCCAAGUGGUAUCAGGCAGAAGAAACGAGACGCAAAUGUCGGCCGAGGUGGCUCUUGAUGUUGAGGAAUAUCUCGAAUCCACCAAGCUAGCACCGCUAAAGAGACAUCCGUCCGCUGUAUUAUCGCGGGAUGUCUCCAACGAAGAAGCCGAAGAGCAUAAGGAGAAUGAGUCGGAGGAUAGAAAAUAA